CAGCAGCAGGCGGCGGGCGAUACCGGACCGGAGCGUCCUCCACACCGAAGCCCGCCCCGCAGUGCUCGACUGACGGCUACGUGACACCCGGGCGGCACGCUGUCAGCUCCCGCUUCAUACCUGGCAGGCUGACAAACCGACCGACCGACUACCGCAAUGGCCGACCGCUUCGACUGCGACAACUGCAAGGAGUCCCUGUAUGGUCGCAAGUACAUACAAUCGGACGACAGCCCCUACUGCAUCCCCUGCUACGACAGCCUGUUCUCCAACACGUGCGAUGAGUGCAAGGAGCUGAUCGGUCACGACGCCCGGGAGCUCUUCUAUGAGGACCGACACUACCACGAGCACUGCUUCCGCUGUUUCCGCUGCGACCGCUCACUGGCGGACGAGCCCUUCACCAACCAGGAGGAUGCGCUGCUCUGCAACGACUGCUACUGCAACGAGUUCUCAUCCAAGUGUGUCGCCUGCGACAAGAUCGUCAUGCCGGGUACCAGGAAGCUGGAGUAUGCAGGCUCUACAUGGCACGAGGGCUGCUUUGUCUGCCACGCCUGUGAGCAGCCCAUCGGCUCCAAGUCGUUCAUCCCUGAGAAGGAUGAGCACUACUGUGUGCCGUGCUACGAGGACAAGUUCGCACCACGUUGCACGCGCUGUAAAAAGACCCUGGCGAAAGGCGGUGUGACCUACCGGGACGAGCCGUGGCACAAGGAGUGUUUCGUGUGCAGCGGCUGUAAAACACAGCUGGCCGGCCAGCACUUCACCUCGCGUGACGACAGCCCGUACUGCCUCAAGUGCUUCGGAAGCCUCUACGCCAAGAAGUGUGAGGCCUGCAGCAAACCCAUCACAGGGUUCGGCGGAGGCAAGUACAUCUCGUUUGAGGAGCGCCAGUGGCACCAGCCAUGCUUCACCUGCACGCAGUGCUCUGUGUCGCUGGUGGGUGCCGGCUUCUUCCCCGACGGCGAGCGCAUCCUGUGCCGCGACUGCCAUAACAGCCUAUAAAUACCCCCCAGACUCCCCCUCGGAAUUCUUCUCGACUCGUGUCAUAGCCAAAGUCUUUAUACCCAGCAAGGUAACAGGGAAACUAAUGCAGUUUUUCCAAAAUGGACCACCUUGAAGCUACGUUAUAUAGUUAGUUCCUCAAAACAACAUGACGUUAUGCGAUAUUGUACAAUAUUUGAUAUCAAUAAUGUUCUUCAAGAGACACAACAGUGCAGUUUAUAGUCCUCACUAACUAAGAAUAAUGGGACCUUGGACUUAUUUUUCAUGGCUUCUUCUUUACCUUUCGGCUUGUCCCGGUAGGGGUCGUCACAGCGUGUCAUCCUUUUCCAUGUGAGCCUUCUCCUGCAACCUCCUCUCUAACACCAAAUACCCUCAUGUCUUCCCUCACUACAUCUAUCAACGUUUCUUUGGUCUUCCUCGAUCUCUCUCACCUGGCAGCUCCAUCCUCAUCAUCCUUCUACCAAUAUACUCACCCUCUCUCCUCUGAACCUGUCCAAACCAUCGAAGUCUGCUCUCUCUAACUUUGUCUACAAAACAUCUAACCUGGGCUGUCCCUCUGAUGAGCUAAUAUCUGAUUUUAUCCAACCUGUACACUCCUAGAGAGAACCUCAACAUCUUCAUUUUACUUAGUUUUCAUGGCUAAUCCUUGAAUAAUCAUCAAAUUCGACACAAUACUCUGCCCACAUUAAAUGGUGUAGGCAAAAAAGCUUCACAAUUUAGCAUCGCCUAUCUAUCUACAAUUUAAGUAGGAGCUCAAGCCCUGGAAUUCGCCCACAAUAGCUUCUUUAAACCAAAAUGCCUGACUUCCUGUUUAGUUUCAGGCAAAAAUUAUUGCGACUUUUUCAUGCAUCCUGUUCUGAUAGACACGUCCACCUGAUUUCGUGUUGCUCAGUGAAAUUGGUGUCAGGAGCUGAUUUUUUUACCAAACCUUCUGAAAAUUCUCGAAAAGAUCAACUUUUACGCUAUGCUCCACUCACAUUAGAUGGCAUAGGCAUAAAAAGUAUCUGUAUAGUAUGCCCGUUUCCAAUUGGGGCUAAUUAGGAUGAAUUCCCAAAUCUGAGUCGAAUUUCAACCGCCUGGAAUUCGCCCCAAAUUGCUGCUUUAAACCAAAAUGGCUGACUUCCUGUUCAAUUUCGGGGACGAGUUCCUGAGACUUUUUAACGCAUCCUGUUAUGAUAGACAUGGCCACCUAAUUUCAUGUCAAUCGGUCAAACGAAUAUGUUUUCAUGGGGUGCUACUGAUUGAGUUUUUGGGUGUUGUGCUCAGGACCCCUUAAAUACAAUAUAAUCUUGCAAUAGUUGGUGAGUUUUCUGGCAUGUUGACUCCCACAAGAGGCAAUUAAUUUAUCCGAAGAAUAAUAAACAGCAAUUCUAAGAGGCACCCUAAUAAUAAGGUUCCUGUUUUAACGCUGUAACUGCAUUUUGAAUGUCACACACAAUUAUCACUAUGCAUUACCUCUAUGCAUCUUGACUAACUUGCUGAUUAUAAUGACACAAAAAUGAAUACUAAAUCAACUUUAGAGGAAAAAAGAACUUCAUGGCAGGUUUGUUGUUAUAAAAAAUAAGGUAUACUUUGCACUUUUUGGACUAGUCUCCUGCUACCAUGUUGCGUGCACAUAAAUUAAAAAACACACACAAUUCAAAAACUUGGCACAAAACCACUUUUUUAUCUAAUUGCUGAAGCUAUGUUCUUAUUUGUUUUUUAGUUUUAAUUUUUCUGCAAAUUUUAUAAGUGGACAUUUUUCACCAUUUCUUCAAGGGAAUUUGUUUUUGUCCUGUAAUACUAGUUUGUUCCUCAUGAGGUGCUCGCGAGUGAGAAGAAUUCUAGCGACUUAAAUAUGUCCUCUACAUUUGGGACCAAGUGUUGUUCAAGACCGGGGAAGGAAAAAAAAAAAAAAAAAGACACUCAUCAAGUGACAUUUUUGGUUAGCUUCCAUUCCAAAAAGUCUGAAUUGUGUCUGAAAUAAAAAUAUUCUGGCACUCUGCUGCCCUCUAUUGGUUUGGAGCAUUUCCCAAUUAUUUUCCUUCACAUUGUACUUUUUCAAGCAUCUGGCAAUUUUAGUUCAAAAGAUGCUGCGUUAUUUUUAUGUAAUGUCUGAGUAUGCAUGUCUUACUUUUUUUCAUUUGUUGUAUUUGUCUGAUUGUCGCUGGAUCUCAGAAUUCUGUGGGUUUUUUUUUUAUUUCUAUCCAAAAAACAACAUACAUAAAACAAAUUUUUCAUAACCAAUAAUGGAUGAUACCAUUUUACGAUAAGUGUACCCUAUAAAGGCUUUUGUGAAUUAUUGCAAAGUCUUUUACAUCAUUAAUAAACAUGCAGUUCACUAUUUGGCCAGGUCAAAGUCCUUUUUAUUUUUUCUAGUAUUGAUAUUUUUUAGUUCAUUCUCUUUUAGUUUAAAAUAUAUUUUAUUUUAUUAUUUUUUUCUUUUAGUUUUUAUAAUUCUUUUCAUAUGUGUUUGUUUCUAUAUUUCGUUUUUUCUUCUAGUUUUUCAUUUUAGUUUUUAUUAGUUUAUUUGUUUUACAUGUUUUGUAGUUGUUUUUAUUUUAUAUUUAUCUUUAUGUGUUUAUAUUUAGUUUUUAUUAUAGUUUUUGUAGAGGGAAAAAAUAUAUUAUAUAUAAUAAGACAUCUCAUAAUUAACCAACUUGCCAUGAGCAUUUGAGGCUAACAUAAGCAGCUGGGCUCACGAUUUGGCAAGCAAUCGAUUCUUGCCUCAAGUAGUUUUUAAGCAUUUGAAAACUAUAAAUAACCACACACAAAAAAAUCUUCUUAUGGGUACCCUUAUUGUUAAGUAGUACCGAAUGAAAUCAUCAUGUUGGAGAAAAAAAAUAAACCAACAAACUUUUGAGAUUCUUGUUUUUUCUGUAACACUUUUUUUUUAUUUUAUUUUUUCUUAUUCUACGUGACAAAGUAUUACAAAAAAAUCAAUAUAUUUCACGAUUUCAGCUUUGAUGCUGGUGAGUCAGAGUUGGCAAAUGUGCAUUUGUUUGUCUUGUCUUUAUGAUGGGGAAAUAAGCCAUUGUUUCAUAUAAAUCCCGAUGUUAAUAGACGGGACUCAAUCCUGCAAUGGUGGUGAUGGAGCGCUUGUGUGUACGUUUGAGUGGAAAAUAAAUGGAAUUGUGUGGA